AUGGCGAAUGACAAAUCUAAGAGUUCCUCGCCAGCUGCAGAACAAUCACCUCCUCGAGAUGCUGAUAGCCCUGAAGAGGCUCUCCUCGAAGCGGGUGAUGACGACUCAGCACUUGGAGUUACCGAUGAUGAGUUAUCGACCGCGUCUUUGCGCUCCAGUAUUUACGAAUACCAUAUGAUCAAUGGUCGCGGAUAUCAUAAAGAUGAGAAAUACUGGCUUCCUAGUGAUCAAAAUGAAUCAGAACGCCUAGAUCUCCAGAACCACCAGCUCCUCUUAACUUUUGGCGGCAAGAGGUACUUCUCUCCCAACGCUGACACAGCAAAGCGAGUCCUUGAUGUCGGAACUGGCACGGGAAUUUGGGCGGUCGAGUUUGCCGAUGAACAUCCCCACGCUGAGGUCUUUGGUAUCGAUAUUGCUCCCAUACAGCCAGACUUCGUCCCUCCGAACUGUACCUUUGAGAUCGACGAUGCUGAGAAAGAAUGGACGUGGACUAAGCCCUUCGACUAUAUCUUCGUCCGUCUCAUGGUCGGCAGCAUAGCAGACUGGAACAAGCUGAUCCGCCAAUGCUACGAGAACUUGGAGCCCGGAGGCUGGGUAGAAGUCAUCGACCCAGUAUUCCCCGCCAAAUCCGAAGAUGGAACCCUCAAGCCUGACUCACCCUUACACCGAUGGGACGAACUAACCGCCAAAGGCGCCUUAGCUCUCGGUCGUCCCUUUGACGAAGGCGUGAACCACGAAAAGCGUCUUAAAGAAGCUGGCUUUGUCAACGUCACGCGAAAGGCGUUUAAAUGGCCUACCAACACUUGGCCCAAGGAUCCAAAGUUCAAGGAGAUUGGGCUCUGGACCCUUGCUAAUAUCGAGAGGAAUCUUGAGACUAUUAGUAGCUUUUUGUUGAGGCAGGGACUUGGGAUGAGUCAUGAGGAGAUUCUAAUGUUUAUUGCUGAGGUUAGGGCUGAGAUGAGGAAUUUGAAGGUCCAUGCUUAUUGGGAGGUGUUUGUUGUUACUGGGCAGAAACCAGAGGAGCAAGCCCAAGAGUAG